AUGUCUAAUAUUCGGAAAAAAUUAAUACGAGCAGUACUUAUUAGAUCAUUUACAUCAAUUGAUUAUAAUAUUUACGUUGACUUUCAUGAACAAUACGAAUUUCGUAAACAAUUCGUUCUUGCUGAUAAUUCUCUUACAGAAGAAGAAAAAACUGAAGCAAUAAGAAUAAUGAAUAAAAAUUAUGACCGAAAUAAAAUUUUUUAUAAUGAAGGAAUAAGAAGAGUUUGUGAAAAUUGUAACCAAAAAUGUUUAGCUACAUUAUAUUGUGAAUAUUGUGUUCGAAAUUAUUUAAAAUAUAAUUUUUCAAAUUGGACUUCUGGAAAUAAUGUUAUUGAUAAUUUAAUAAAAAGUUGUCAAAUGGAAACAUUUACGCCAGAUGGUAUUAUUGAAUGGAUCCCAUAUAAUAAUUUAGAAAAUAUUAAAUAUCUGACAAAAGGUGGAUUCUCAGAUAUUUAUACAGCAUAUUGGAUUGAUGGAAAAUAUGAUGAAUGGGAUUCUAAGAAGCAACAAUUAAUAAGAUUAGGAACUCAUGCUGUAAUACUUAAAGAAUUAAAAAAUGUUGAAAAUGCAAGCCAAAGUUGGUUUGAAGAGCAACAAAAAUUCAGAGAUUGUUCAAUGUUUUGGUUUAACACAAAAUCCAUCAAAUGGAAUUAUUUACUUGUAAUUAUGAAGUUUAAUAUGAAUUUAAGAGAAUAUUUACAACAAAAUCAUAAUCAACUUACAUGGAAUGAAAGGAUUAAAAUUACUUUUUUAAUAAUUGAUGCACUUUAUUGGAUUCAUAAAGAGAAUUCAAUUCAUAGAGAUUUGCAUUCUGGAAAUAUAUUAUAUUCACAGUUUAAUGAUAAUUGGCAGAUUAGUGAUCUUGGAUUUUGUGGUCCUGCAGACAAACCAUCAACAAGUAUUUAUGGAAAUCUUCCCUAUAUAGCUCCUGAAGUUAUUAACGGAAAAGGUUAUACUUUUAGAUCUGAUAUUUAUAGUAUUGCAAUGCUCAUGUGGGAAAUUUCAUUUGGACAACCUCCAUUUAUGAAUUAUGAACAUGAUUAUAUUCUUGCAAUUGAUAUCAUUGAUGGUAUAAGACCAAAAAUUGUAUCAGAAAUUCCUUUGGAAUAUAAAAGUUUAAUGGAGCAAUGUUGGGAAGCUAAUCAACUAAAAAGACCUGAUACUAAUACACUUUAUAAAAAAAUUAAAGAAAUUAAAUCAUAUUAUCAAAAUAAUCCAAAUGAAUUACCUCAAUUAAUAACAAAAAUAGAUAAAAAAACAAGCAAUAUUUUAAGUAGUAAACUAUUUACAAGUAAAAUUCAUAAAUUUGAAAAUCUACCUGAACCAAAAAAUGCAACAGAAGAAGAACAAAAAGCAUUGUAUAUCAGUAGAUCAUAUGAUUUUAGUCUUUCUGAUAAUACUAGUAAUCUUAGUAAAUCGGGUAAAAUUAAUUUUAAAGAAAAUGAUAGUAAAGAAUCAUCCAGAUUAUUUAAAAAAUUGAAAGUGGAGAAUGUAGACGUACAAAAUGACCAUGAUAGAGAAAUAAUGCAGCAACGAUCAGAUAUUAGUGUUAAUGAUGAAGUACAAGAUAAUCCAAAUCUUCAUUCAGAAGAAAAAGAUAAAACUCCCGAUGAUGGAUUUCAAAUUAAUUUUCAAUUAAUUUGA